GUAAAGUACUGUAUUUAGAACUGACAAAAGCUUACACUUAAUAGAAGGCUUUUUCACAAGAUCUAGUACAGGAAACUUGUAGAAAUUAAAUAUACAGAGUAUUUCUGACAUCAUACUGAAUGUAAAACUGUAUAUUCCAAGAAAUAAAGAAAACAACAAAGUGGAAAUAAGACACUUAAAAUAAAUGUUGUAUAUUUUUCCUUUCUGGUUUUUAUUAUUUUUAAAUUGUUCCCUCAGUCAUCAAGUUAGAUAUGCUGGUUUCUGAGUAGCGUUUUACCUCUGGUGAUUGCUUCAUCUCCCCCUGUUGUCCAAACUGGUAAAAUACAGCAUUCUAGAAAGUGAGCAAGGCAUUCCCUUACUCUAUUGUUUGUAGGCUGACAGGAGGUAGGCAGGCACCUUCUGAAGUUUUAUUCAUUCUGUGUUUCUUCUCCUUGCUGCAACAAGAGAAGCCUUUUCUUUUAACCUGGCUGCCUUUGAAGAAGUGACUCAGACAUCUUCAUGGCCUCUACAGAUGCCCAGAACCAUAAAAGUAGAGACCCAUCUGGUUUUCUUCCUGGAGCUCCAGACCCAGAUCCAAGCUUUCAUGUCUCAUCUUUCAUUCCAAGGAACCAACUAUGGCAACCAGAUCUCCCUCCGCCAGGGAGUCUCCCACCAACAGCCAAUCUCCCUCCUGGUCUGGAAUAUUUAAGCCAGUUAGACCUGAUAAUUAUACACCAGCAGGUGGAGCUUCUUGGAAUGAUACUUGGCACAGACACCUCCAACAAAUAUGAGAUUAAAAACAGCUUGGGACAGAGAAUCUACUUUGCAGUGGAGGAAAGCAUCUGCUUCAAUCGUACUUUCUGUUCCACCCUUCGAUCUUGCACCCUGAGCAUCACAGAUAACUCAGGUCGAGAGGUGAUAACAGUCAAUAGGCCCUUGAGGUGUAACAGCUGCUGGUGCCCUUGCUACCUCCAAGAGUUAGAAAUCGAAGCCCCUCCUGGUACUGUCGUUGGUUAUGUUGCACAGAAGUGGGACCCCCUUCUGCCUAAAUUCGCAAUCCAAAAUGCAAACAAAGAAGACAUUUUGAAAAUUGUUGGUCCUUGUGCAACAUGUGGCUGUUUUGGAGAUGUGGACUUUGAGGUGAAAACCAUCAAUGAAAAGCUUACAAUUGGGAAGAUUUCAAAGUACUGGUCAGGAUUUGUAAAUAACGUCUUUACGAAUGCUGACAACUUCGGAAUUCACGUGCCUGCAGAUCUAGAUGUGACAGUUAAAGCAGCGAUGAUUGGUGCUUGUUUUCUCUUGGAUUUUAUGUUCUUUGAACAUUCCCUGGCCGGAUUAUAACAAGCAAUACGAUGAAAAUAAUAAAAUAUGCAGAACAUAUUCCAGAAUCCCUUGGGCUCUGGAUUUCAUUUCCAAAUGGUUUGAGUAUCAGCUUUUUUUUUGUAACAAAAUGUUAAUUAUGGUAUUUAUUAAAACACAGUUUAAUGAGGCA